UGUGCUGGAGCAGGGGAAGGUUGGUGAAGCCUAUAGUGGUGUAUUGUGGGAGAGACAGAAACCCCAGACUAGAGGCACACAAUAUGUGUUGGCUCGCAAAAAGGAGGCAGUAUCCUUUAAAUCAUGUAAUGUAAGCAGUGAGAGGUUACAUAUCUCGUCGUUUGGUACUGAAAUAUUCGAUCGGACACAUCAUGUCCAGACUCGGGGAUAUAAAUGAAGAUCACGGUAGAAGGCAGAGUUCAAGUUUGGCGAACGGCAUGGAGAGAAACCAUCCCGUUUGCAGUUCGGGGGAGAAACGAAGUCAUUGGAGAAGUUACAAGUUGAUUAUUGACCCAGCGUUAAAAAAGGGACCGCACAAACUGUACCGCUAUGAUGGACAACAUUUUAGCAUGCCUGAUUCCGGGAUGCCACCCGUGGACAUGGUCAGGGAUCCGAGAAUCGGACGCCACUGGGCCAAGUACAAGGAGACCGAUCUCCCGGUUCCAAUAUUUAAGAUUGACGACUGCUACAUUGGCCCUGUGCCUCCAAAGGAGGUGACAUUCGCCAGGCUAAACGAUAACAUAAGGGAGGGUUUUCUGACCGACAUGUGCAAGAAAUUUGGAGACAUUGAAGAAGUGGAAAUAUUGUACAAUCCGAAGAACAAGAAACACUUGGGGAUCGCUAAAGUCGUAUUCGGAGCUGUAAAAGCAGCGAAGGAUGCGGUACAUAAUCUCCAUAACACGUCUGUGAUGGGCAACAUCAUUCACGUGGAGCUAGACCCAAAAGGUGAGAAUCGCCAGCGGUACCUCCAGCUCCUGAUCAAUGGCACUUACACUCCUCGGACUCUGCCCGUGGGGGGCGAGGAGGCUCGUGGGGUGUCCCCCCACACAAUCGCAGAGGCGCUGCUGGAGCCUAUCAGGAGGCUGUCCGAGAGCAGUUCAUCGGUGGUGGGCGGAACGUCCACACCAGGCACGGGCACCCCCCUCUCCCAGGACACGGCCUACUUCAGCCUGAGGCAGGAGACGCCGCAGUCACAAAACACGCCCCUUGGCACGCCACGGCCCUCGGGCACGCCCUUCUCUCAGGACUCCUCCUACUCCAGUCGACAGGCCACGCCCACCCACCAGCCGGGCCGUGCCGACGGACCAGGGGCCGGCUACAAGCACCGGCGGCACGAGUCCAAGUUCCAGGACGCCUACAACCGGCGCACGGAACGCCACUACGUGCACCAGCAGCCGCCCUUCCCCUUCAAGCAGCAGCACCAGCCGGCGCCGCCCGAGCCCCCCAUGCCCUUCGCCCACACCCCCCCGCCCCCGGCCAGCGCCUUCAAGUCGGCCUUCUCGCCGUACCAGCAGGCGCCGCCCAUGCCCCCCGCCUACCCUCCGGCCGAGCCGCCGUACCCCCAGCCCGUCCAGCGGGAAGGGGACUACCGCCGCGCCCCGCCGCUGCCCUCCACCCCCGAGUUCGCCGUGGGCCGGGACAGACCCGAGACCCCCCCGAUGCCGGAGCCACCGCCGGUGCCUACGGUCGGACCGACGACGCCCCCGCUGGCCCGCACCCCAUCGCCCGGCGCGUCGCCCGGCGCCUCGCCGCCCCUGGAGUCGGAGCGCCACAGCCUGGACUCGCGCAUCGAGAUGCUGCUGAAGGAGAAGCGCACCAAGCUGCCCUUCCUGAACGAGCGCGGCGGCGGCGGUGGUGGCGGCGACUCGGAACCGGACGUGCGCAUGGAGGGCAGCCCCAUUUCCUCGUCGUCCUCGCAGCUCUCGCCCAUACCCCCCUCGUCCGCGCAGCUGUCCCGGCAGCCCUCGCGGCCGUCCAGCACGGGCCUGGAGGACAUCAGCCCCACGCCCCUGCCCGACUCGGACGACGAGGAGCCCGUGCCGGGCACCGCCGCGCUGCUGCUUAACUCCAGGGCCAGCUCGCCCACCAGCUCCCUGGCCAAGAGUGCCUCUGCGGUGGACCUCAAGGACCGGCAGCACACGCCCACGGACAAAAUGGACACGGUCAACAACUCCUCGGGCGAGGACAUGGAGAUCUCGGACGACGAGAUGCCCGGCACACCAUCGUCCGGCGACAAGGGCAUCGUUAUCAACUCCUCUGUGUCCCCCAUGCACCCGCAAGCCAUCUCUGGGCUAUCCCCUCUGCCCCCCCACCAGCCGGGCUUCCCCCUGCCUCCGCCUCCCCCCCUGCCCCCACACUCCACCGUGCCACACCUACCCGGCCCUCCUGGCGUGCCACCGCCCAUGAUGCCCCCGCUGCCCCCCUACCCGCCGGGCAUGAUGCACAUGAUGCCAGUGGACCUGGUGAGCUGCCUGCCGCAGUGGGGCAGCGUGAGCAUGUCCUUCCAGAUGCAGCAGCAGAUGCUGAGCCGCAUGGUGCAGAGCCAGCGGCACUACCCGUACCCCCACUACAUGAGUGGCGCGGGGGCCGGGGCUGCCGCCGCUGCUGCCGCCGCUGCCGCCGCCGGGACCAUGGCAUUCGGGGGGCCCUACGCGCCCCUCUCCAUGGCCAGCACGCCCUCGGGGAGCGUGAGCCACGGGCAGCCUUGGUCCUUCCCCAGCAUGCCCAAGUUCAACCCGGCUGUGCCGCCGCCGGGGUAUGAGCCCAAGAAGGAGGACCCGCACAAGGCCACGGUGGAGGGGGUGCUCAUGGUGAUCGUCAAGGAGCUGAAGGCCAUCAUGAAGAGGGACCUGAACCGCAAGAUGGUGGAGGUGGUGGCCUUCAGGGCCUUUGACGAGUGGUGGGAGAGGAAGGAGCGCUCAGCUAAGGCCUCCCUCACGCCGGUGAAGGCAGGAGAAGGUAAAGAGGAGGAGAAGGAGAAGCCGAAGCCAAAAGAGACAAUAGCGUCCAGCUUGCUGGAGAACUGGAACAAGGGCGAAGGCCUGGGCUACGAGGGCAUGGGCUUGGGCAUCGGCCUGCGCGGCGCCAUACGCCUGCCCUCCUUCAAGGUGAAGAGGAAGGAGCCGCCUGAUGCUGCUUCCACCGCAGACUCCAAGAGAGUACGGCCGUCGACGCCAGUCGAUGAUGAGAUGGAGGAUGAAGAGUCCGAGCGGGCCGAUCUCCCGUCGGACGGUUCCAGGCAGGAAGGAGAUGGGUCUUCAGCCCGGCGACGUCCGGUUCGGCCACUGGACAGCGAGGGAGAGGAGGAGGAGGAAGAGGAAGAGGAGACUUCUGGGAAGGAUGGAGAGUCGUCGGACAGAGAGGAGGACCGGGACGAAGAGGUCUCCGAGAGGCUCUCGUCAGAAAAGGAGGUUGAUGAUGAUGAGGAAGAGGAGGAUGAGGAGGACCGAGAAUCUGACUCCAGCGACAGUGAAUCCUCUGAUUCUUCUGAUGAAGAAGCUGCCAGCUCUGCUUCGUCCAAAGCUUCGUCAGACUCCUCGUCCGGCAGCGACUCUUCAUCCGACUACGAGUCCAACUCGGAGGAAGAGGAAGACGAGGAGAAGGACGCUCAGGUGGAGGUGGAGGAGGACGAGGACAAGGUUCGCAGCUCGUCCUCCUCCUCGUCUUCGUCGUCGUCCUCUGAGGAGGAGGGGGUGGCGGUGGAGGAGGAGGAAGAGGAGGAUGCGGCGGCUGCGGCCGUGGCGGCUGUGCUGGAGCCCAAGGGGCCGCGUUCGCCCCCCCUGCCACAGGACGAGCCAAGGGACGAGGCCCUGGAGCUGGCCACGCUGGAGAAGCAGAGGCUAUGCAUGGACCCCGAGGCCCAGCAGAGGGCAAUCCGCGAGGCCGAGGAGGCCGUGGGGUCACUCCGGUCCGGCAUGGACGACCUGCGGCCGCCCUCGCCCAAAGGAGUGCCAGAUGAGGAGCCAGAGAGUGACCUUGAGGUCCCGCUGCCGAAGGAGUCCGUGGAGGAGGAGGGAGUCCUGCGACCCCCGACGCCCACCGGCUCUCUGGCCGACAGCGACCACGAGGUACGCCCCAAGAUCCGCCCAGAGCCCGAGGAGGUGCCCCGCACGCCUGGACGUGAGCAUCAUCAUCAUCAUCACCACCAUCAUCAUCAUCCUGCUGCCCUGGACUCGGACGGUAGCGGCCCCCCACUGCCCGCACUGCAUCUCCUGCUGCCUCCGCUCCCUCCGCUGCCGCCUGGACCGGACGCGCGCUCCUCUCUGCAGCCGCCCCCCUCCCUUCCCGAGCUCGUCCUGCCCGCGCGCCCGAGGCUGCCCACCGACGAGGAGCUGCCCCGCACACCGGGCCGAGACCUCCCGGAGCGCCCGCGCGGGCAACUGGGCAAGAGCCAGAGCGCUGACGGGGUUCCGGUGACGCCGGGCAGCGAGGCGUCGCUAGCGGGCGGCAUCGGCGGCCUGGUCCUGGGCUCUCCGCACGUGCCCGGCAGCCCCUUCUCCUACCCGGCGCAGUCGCCCGUGCUCUCAGCGGGCAUCCCGCGCACGCCCGGCCGCGACCUCAGCUUCGGCCCGGUGUUCGGGACCGUCGUGGACCCGGCGGCGCUCGCUGCCGCCGGCUCCCUCGUCCAUCGCAAGACGUCGGCCUCGUCGGACACCUCGGGAGGAGAGGAGAGGGGAGUCUUCAAGGAGCCCGUCGUCUCCCUGCCUGACCGACUCGCACCAUCGCCCUUCCCAGGCGCGCCACAAGAUAGCGCUCUCGCCCACGCGCCAGCCCUCGGCUCCUACCCCACGCCUUCCGACGCUGCCCUCGCCGGACUGCCCAAGGACGCGCCGGCGGUGCCCGUACCGCCGGACGCAACGCCGCCCAAGAGGAAGCCAGGCCGGCCCAAGUCCAAAAAGACACCACAGACGCCGCUUCCUCCUGACCAGCAGCUGCCUCCCCACGAGCCUGCGCCGGCCGCCUUGACCGCAGCAUCGUUGCCCCCAGAGCCCCCUCUGCCCGGGGCGUGCCCUGAGGCAGCGGCAGCCACAGACCUGCAACCCAGCAGCAUAACCGUGUCCAGGGACCCGUCUGUGGUGGCGCUGGACUUCAGGGACGAGGAGGCGCCGCCGCCGCCCGAAGACGCCACGCCACAGCAGACCGCUCUGUCGGACAUGGAGCGCAUCUUCCGCGAGGAAGGGCACCUGACGAAGACGCGGGGUCGACGCCGGGGAUGGGAGGAGCUGCUGCUGUCCAUGCACUCGCGGUCAGCUUCACGCCGCCCAAGCCCGCUCUUCAUGCCGCUCCGACCGAGGGAGAUGACCAUCCUCUACGACAUCUGGAACGACGGCAUCGACGAGGAGGACAUCAAGCACCUGCAGGUCACCUACGACCGCAUGCUGCAGCAGGACAAUGGCGGCAACGACUGGCUCAACGACACACUCUGGGUGCACCACCCGCCCACCAAUCAGAACAUCCCGGGGGUGAAGCGCAAACGGCGUGAGGACUGCAUGCGUGACCACGUGACUGGUUGUGCCCGCAGCGAGGGCUACUACAAGAUCGACAAGAAGGACAAGCUCAAGUAUCUUGAGUCUCGCCUGCCCUCUGACGAGCCCAUGGAGGAGGAGACCCAGGGUGUCCACAAGCCAGCUCAGCCUCACGCGUCCACCAGAGCCGGCUCAGAGAGGCGAUCAGAACAGCGCCGUUUGCUCUCAUCCUUCAGCUGUGACAGCGACCUGCUCAAGUUCAACCAGCUCAAGUUCCGUAAGAAGAAGAUCCGCUUCUGCAGGUCGUCCAUCCACGACUGGGGUCUGUUUGCCAUGGAGCCCAUUGCUGCAGACGAGAUGGUCAUCGAGUACGUGGGCCAGAACAUCCGACAGGUGAUUGCUGACAUGCGAGAGAAGCGCUAUGAGGAAGAGGGGAUCGGCAGCAGCUACAUGUUCCGUGUGGACCACGACACCAUCAUCGACGCCACCAAGUGUGGCAACUUCGCUCGCUUCAUCAACCACAGUUGCAACCCCAACUGCUAUGCCAAGGUCAUCACUGUAGAGUCACAGAAGAAGAUCGUCAUCUACUCGAAACAGCCUAUUAGUGUCAAUGAGGAGAUCACCUACGACUACAAGUUCCCCAUCGAGGACGUCAAGAUCCCAUGUCUCUGUGGAGCCGAGAACUGCCGAGGAACCCUUAACUAGGACCGUCAGCCCUCCUCUACAACUGAAACGGGAAAGGGGGUAGAACCCCUGCCAAGAAACGGUUGCGAAGAACCAGAGGUUCCGUUUGGAGGAACAGUGGCUGCGGAGUGGAGCAGAACCUGGUCUUGUCCGACGUAGCGGAUAAUGUGCAGCUAGGUGUCGAGAACUCUCUUGGAGAGAAACAAACGAAAAGGAACUAAAAAAAACUAAACACAUUAUGAUUGUUUA